UUGCGCGGAUACGCAGCGUCGCACUUCAUCCUCAGCGGGACUCGCGGUGUAUAUUUUUUUUCACCCGGAGUUACAGACUACAUUCCUCACCACGACGUUCCGCAGACUUUUCUCCAGAGUCGUCUGCUAUACCAACAACAACAUAAACAACAACAACAUGGGGAAGAGAAGCAGGCAGCGGCAGAAAACCCAGAACACUGGAAAGGACGACAGAGACAACGCAGACUGGGGGACUGGCUAUGCCGACAUUGUCAAGGAGAAUAAGUUGUUUGAGCACUACUACACGGAGCUGGGCCUGGUGCCCGGGGGAGAGUUUGAUCAGUUUAUGGAUGCCAUGAGGGAGCCGCUGCCAGCGACCAUCCGCAUCACCGGGUACAAGAGCCACGCCAAGGAAAUCCUGCACUGUCUGAAGGACAAGUACUUCAAGGAGAUCCAGGAGGUGGAGAUCGACGGUCAGAAGAUCGAGGCUCCGCAGCCUCUGUGCUGGUACCCCGAUGAGCAGGCCUGGCACACCAACAUGAGCAGGAAGAUCAUCAGGAAGUCUCCCCUGCUGGAGAAAUUCCACCAGUUUCUGGUCAGCGAGACUGAGUCGGGAAACAUCAGCCGACAGGAAGCGGUCAGCAUGAUCCCACCUCUCCUCCUGAAGAUUGAGCCGCACCACAAGAUCCUGGACAUGUGCGCGGCUCCCGGGUCGAAGACGGCCCAGCUGAUCGAGAUGCUCCACUCCGACAUGGAUGUGCCGUUUCCAGAGGGCUUCGUCAUCGCCAACGACGUGGACAACAAGCGCUGCUACCUGCUGGUGCACCAGGCCAAGCGCCUCAACAGCCCGUGCAUCAUGGUGGUGAACCACGACGCCACCUGCAUCCCCACGCUGCAGAUCGAGACGGGCGGCAAGAAGGGCCACCUCUUCUACGACCGCAUCCUGUGCGACGUGCCCUGCAGCGGUGACGGCACCAUGAGGAAGAACAUCGACGUGUGGAAGAAAUGGACGACCAGCAACAGCCUGCACCUCCACGGGCUCCAGCUGCGUAUCGCGGUGCGCGGCGUGGAGCAGCUGGCGGUGGGCGGCCGCAUGGUGUACUCCACCUGCUCACUCAACCCCAUCGAGGACGAAGCCGUCAUCGCCGCGCUGCUGGAGAAGAGCGAAGGAGCGCUGCAGCUGGUGGACUGCUCCGAGGAUCUGCCCGGCCUCAGGAGGAUGGCUGGGGUCUCGGCCUGGAAGCUGAUGACCAAAGAGGGCCACUGGUUCUCCGACUGGGCCGAGGUUCCGAGCCACCGGCGCACGCAGAUCCGCCCCACCAUGUUCCCGCCCACGGAGCCGGAGAAACUCGCCGGCAUGCAUCUGGAGAGAUGUAUGAGGAUUCUGCCCCAUCACCAGAACACUGGUGGUUUCUUUGUGGCUGUGCUGGUGAAGAAAGCCCCGAUGCCCUGGAACAGACAAUAUCCCAAGAUGAGGAAGGACGUCUCGUCCGGCUCGGCGGUCCAGGCCGAAGGCUCCCCGGCGGCCUCGUCCCCCGCGGACGCUCCCCCCCGCCUCCCCGAGAGCGCCGCGGAGGAGGAGAGGGAGGGGGGAGGAGGAGGAGGAGGCCCGGAGGGAGAAGGAGAGGAGGAGGAGGCGCCCAACGGAGUGUCCUCUUUCCAGGAGCGCGCCGCCAGACGAGAGGCAGCGUGCAGGCCUCCGGCCUCCAAGAAGAUGAAGCUGUUUGGGUAUAAAGAAGACCCCUUCGUGUUCCUCACGGAGGAAGACCCCGUCUUCAUCACCAUACAGUCGUUCUACGAUCUGUCCCCAGACUUCCCGAAGCUCAACGUUCUGACCCGGACCCACGACGGCAAGAAGAGGAACCUGUACAUGGUCUCCAAGGAGCUGCGCAACGUGCUGCUCAACAACAGUGAGCGCAUGAAGGUCAUCAACACGGGCGUUAAGGUGUGGUCCCGCAACAGUGACGGAGAGGAGUUCGGCUGUCCUUUCAGACUGGCUCAGGAGGGGAUCUACACGCUGCAGCUGUACAUCCGCUCCCGGAUCAUCCGGGUGAGCGUGGCGGACAUCAAAGUGCUGCUGACCCAGGAGAACCCGUACCUCAGCAAGCUGGAGGAGGACGCCUACGCUCAGGCCAAGAAGCUGGUGAUGGGCAGCAUCGUGCUGAAGUACGUCCCCAACCCAAAUAACACAGAGGAGCCCCAGUGCCCCAUCCAGCUGUGCGGCUGGAGGGGGAAGACGUCCAUCCGAGCCUUCGUGCCGCGCAACGAGCGGUUCCACUACCUGCGGCUGCUCGGCGUGGAGGUGUUCAGGGAGAAGCAGGGCGUCGGCAAGGAGGGAGCGAAGGACAGAGAGAAGGAAGGGAAGGACGGAGAGAAGGAAGGGAAGGACGGAGAGAAGGAAGGGAAGGACGGAGAGAAGGAAGGGAAGGACGGAGGCAAGGAUGGAGAGAAGGAAGAGCCGGGACAGGUCGCCGGGGAGGAAACGGCACCGGCGUUGGAGAAAGAGGCCGAGAUGGACUUGGAGAACGGCGACAAAAACACAUCGUUGGAACCAAAGGAGUAGAGGGGGCGGAGCUUGUCGGGGAGGCAGAGCUUGUCAGGGAGGCGGGAGAGAGAAAAGAGGACUGGAGACGUAUCGGAGCUCCGAGAGCUGUGGACCAGGUCCAAGACAGCGUCAUGAGGAGGAAGAGGAGGAAGAUGAGGAAGAGGAGGACGACGCUCCUCUACGGGUUUCUCUGCUCACCACAGAGACAAACUCCUUUUUUUGGGAUGUUUUUUUUUCUUUUUAAAAAAUUUUCUUUUACCAAAUUUACGCCACUCAAACAAGCGGCGUCGAAUAAUUAGUUUGUUCCUCCGUCGUGUUUCUAGAAGUUUCUAACAACUCACAUGUUCCCUCCGCCUGUAACGGAGUCGAUUAAAAGCGUGACCGAGUUCAGAG